UAUUAAAACUCUUUCAGCGGUUUUUCGGAUCGAAACAAAAACAAAAAUUUCGAACGGAAGAGGGGAGAGAGAGAGAGAGAUCGAAAAUCCCAAAUUAGCUCAAGAGAAACUUCCGAGCGUCCAAAUAGCUGGAAUUUUCAGCAGGAAAACUGCAGGAUUUCAGUAGAAUAUAAGAGGAUUCCUGCUGUUUUUUGUUUUUUGUUUUUCUUUCUAAAUGUCAAAGAUCGUACAUUUCUGAUGCAUUUCAUUGCUCAGCUCUGGUAAAAAUACAGAGUCGGUUUUCAAGAAAUUCCGAGAGAAACAGAGGAAUCCAUUGACGGAUGCUGAGAAAGAAUCGUCGUUUUUGUCUUUUUGGUUCCUUUUCUAAUCUGGGUCUUUUUUAAUUUGACGGGAAAAGCCGUUUUUUUUUCCCUUUCUUUUUAAUGUUUUACUGUGUUAAUUUACGCGGAAUUUCUUGAAAGUUGGAGCUGGAGAUUCGUGUUUCGUUCUCUUUUUUGUGAAAUCCGAUCUGUUUGGCUGAUUUUCUGAUCAUGGUUUUUGUUCUAUAGUAGAUAAAUGCUGUUUCGAGGGGGAAAAGUUGUCUUGUAAAACUGUAGAUUUGAAGGAAAGUUCGAGAAAUGGGAGAAGAAUGGGAUUUGGUUUCCUUAUCGUUUGUAAAAUCUCAUCUGUUUGGCUGAUUUUCUGAUCUGGGUUUUGUUUUUAAGUUUAAAAAUACGGUUUUCAAGGUUGUUUUUUCCUCUGUAAAAAAAACGAGGUUGGAGACCGUAUUAGAGCUCUCUUCCGAUCUGGGUUUCUUGUUUUGAGAGUUUGGAGAUUGUGUCCUUGUCGGAAUAGAUUCAUAGGAAGUUGAUUUUUAGUUCUUCAAAACAGCAGAUUUACAAGACGGUUCUUGAUUAGAAAACAGCGGAAUUGAUGGAAGGAGUUCGGAAAACGUCUUAGAGUCCGCUUAGUAAUUGUGGUUUUGUCUUUCGAGCAUUCUAAUUGCGAAUUUUCAUAUUCGAAUCAGAGGAAUUUGAUUUGGGUUUCUGGUUUUAGAAAGAUGGGUGUUUUUCUACAAUCCACAGAUAAAGUCGUCGAAGAGAUCACGAGAAUUAACAGAUCUCUGCCCACCAGACCACCUCUCGAUGACAUCGAUGCAGCAAUGGCUUUGAUCCAGAAUGUCGACAAGGAAGAGCAGUCGAGAAUCGAAGCAAUUUCGAAGCAGAAAAAGGGUACCAACAUCUCAGAGGAGCUGUUCUUUGUGUUGCAGGAGAUGCAGAAGAAUCUGGCCUACUUCCAGAGCAAAGAGCAGAAGAGAGAAGCUCUGAAGCUUCUCGAGCUCGAGAACAUUCAUACGAUGUUCGACGAAUUCGUUCAGAGAGCAAUGAAAUGCCUCCCUUCUUCCAACAACUACAGUACGGCUGGCCAUUCGAAUGGGUCGGUCUCGGCAGCUCCAACGAGCUCUUCUGCCAGUACUGCUUCUACUUCUUCUGCUAGUUUCGAUAAUUUUACUGCAUCGUCCCAUUCUUACUCUGUGAAAGAGAGGAGGAGAAGUGCCGAGCUGUUUAGUAGAGAUGACAGCUACUUGAAGAAAGCUAAAUCUACAUUUGAAGUUGAUGGUAUCCGCGCCUUCGCAGAUUCACCACAUGGCCUGUCGCUGAAUCCAUCCGUCAAAUCUAUAACUGACUUUGGAGGAGAUGUUGAGAAACUGAGCUUGAUAAAACUAGCUAGUUUGAUAGAGGUCUCCGCAAAGAAAGGCACCAGCGACCUCAACCUGCAGAAUAAGUUGCCUGAGAAAAUGGAAUGGCUGCCUGAUUCAAUUGGAAAGUUGUCUCGUCUAGUCACCCUCGAUUUCUCUGAGAACCGAAUCGUCGCCCUUCCAUCCACGAUCGGUGGCCUCUCUUCCCUAGUUAAACUAGACCUCCAUUCGAACCGGCUGGAAGAGCUCCCUGAUUCCAUUGGCGAUCUUUUCAGCCUGGUCUUUCUAGACUUGAGAGGGAACCAGCUUUCAACAUUGCCGAUAACGCUAGGCAAAUUAGCCCACCUUGAGGAACUCGAUCUGAGUUCGAACCGGCUGUCAUCGAUCCCAGACACAAUUGGGAACCUCAUCAGCUUAAAGAAGCUGAACAUUGAAACAAACGACAUCGAAGAGCUCCCACAUUCCAUCGGCCAUUGUUCUUGUCUUGUUGAGCUUCGAGCAGAAUACAACCGUCUGAAAGCCUUGCCAGAAGCUGUAGGGAGGCUUGAAUGCCUAGAGGUCCUGUUGGUGCGUUAUAACAAUAUCAAAGCAUUGCCCACCACAAUGGCGUCCAUGUCAAAUUUGAAGGAGCUCGAUGUCAGCUUCAACGAGCUCGAGUCGGUGCCGGAGAGUUUGUGUCUUACAACCUCUCUCGUCAAGAUGAACCUCGGAAACAAUUUCGCUGAUUUACAGUCAUUGCCACGGUGCAUCGGUAACCUCGAGAUGCUAGAAGAGUUGGACAUCAGCAACAAUCAGAUUAGGGUCCUCCCAGACACUUUCGGGAUGCUAUCCAAGUUGCGCGUGCUUCGUGUUCAAGAAAAUCCCCUGGAGGUACCACCGAGGCAUGUAGCUGAAAUGGGUGCGGAGGCCGUUGUUUCUUACAUGGCUGAAAUCGUUGCGAAAAGGGAUGUGAGGUCGCAACCCGUCACGGCGAAGAGUAGAUGGUCUCAGUUUUGCUGUUUCUCAAGGCUUAACGAAAGGAAGCACGGUGCUUUGGACUAUAUCAAAGCCUGAUUUUUCAACAGCUCCGACGAGAAUCUGCACACAGCCCAUUUGGAUUCAGUUCAACUCGCUUAAUAUUCUUCUCGAAUUCUUUGUUUUUUUUCCAGGGAAAUUCAUCCGUUGAGAGCUUGAUAUAUAACCCAUGAUUUUAACGGUAGAAGAGUCCACCAAAAUCUCGGAAACAUGGACCCAACCACUGCAUCCGAAUAUGUAAUCAAAGAUCAUAUCUUCAUGUUAGUUUGUCUGUUGCCUCACCUGUAUCCUUAAUCUUCUUCAAUUAGAAUGACAUGUAUAUCUUCUACUUCAGCUGGCCCCAAAAGAAUGUUUUACUCUGUAACUGUCUUCAUUAAAUGAAAAAUGAGGUUAUUAGAUCAGAAA